GACGAACACGUCGUUGCGAACCACUUUCACCUUGGCUUCCACGUUGAAUAAGGACAAUCUCUCGAUCUUUCAGUUCUCCGCCGGCUUGAUUGAAUCAUCACACAAGCAUUCUAUUCGAUCUCGUUGAAUCAGCAAGGCACCCCCAACAUGUCUCACGAAACGACACCGACCGCCAUCUUGUGGGACUGGGAUCAGUCAGAUCUCACAGACGUUGUCAACGACAUGCGACGACUGUUGACCAACCCGUCACAUCUUACCGCUAUCAGAGACGUCACACUGCGCGGUGUGAGGGCUGCGAGGGAUCCAAAAACUGCAUUACUAGCAAGAAGCCUCACCAUUAGCGAGAAAGCCACCCUCAAGUCGUGGAUGACUGAUUUCAACCUGUCGCCCGAAAUACCCACUGCGCUCUUACAAGAAUCCGAGGUCUCGCUCGCACAUGCCACCGCCAUCCUAUUAUCGCGACUCCCAGCCCUCAAGACUAUCGACUUGCAGGCCUAUGACCGAAAUGACCACGACGAAUGGACACAAUCUCGCCCACUUGGUGAUGAGUUUUUGACUCUUCUGAGCCAACUAGUCUCUUCAAACAUUGCAACUAGCUCUUUUUUCAACAACGUGGAAACGAUCAAGGUUCUAGUUCCGACACCCGACGGAGAUUCAGCAAAUGAGUUCAACCACUAUGUCUACGUUGAAAAUAUUUUGCCAUUCUUUCACCUCCCGCAAAUCCAGAACCUGGAGCUUCAUCGAGUGGAGGACGGAGGGAAAUCAAUUUCCUGGCCAGCUCCCCAUCCGAGCCCAUCAGCAACGACGCUGGAAGAAAUGGUGCUAAGCAAAUGCCAAUUCUCCGAGGAGAAUGUUGACCAACUGCUGCGAGCUUCACCAAAUCUCAAGACUUUCCGUUGCGGAUACGUCAUCGACGCCGAGUACGCAACCACCUGGCUGGACCUAGAGGCACUGAGAAGCUCGCUCGACACACUGAAAGCCUCACUCGAAGAGCUCUCCUUUACGCUGACGCUAUGGACAUCAACGGCCAUCGACUGCGGCGAGGUCGGGCCUUGGGGGAUCCGCGGCUCAUUCGGAUCACUCAAGGACUUCUCGCGACUCACUCGCCUCUCCAUCUCUCUGCCGGUACUCCUCGGCUGGGAAACAAAGGGCUCGUCUAAGCUCGCGGACGUGCUCCCCGAGGGGCUCCAGGCAUUGACCAUCACCAACGAAAUGUUCUUCUGGUGGCACUACCGGUGGGACGACCUCGACUGGGAAGAGGACGACCCUGUGGUUCCCAUGUGGCAGUCGCUGGAAGCCAAUAUUGUCGAGUAUCUUGAGAGCCGCCCUCGACACUUGAGGAAGCUAAGGUUGGAGAUUUCAAUGGUUGGUGAGGAGCAGCGAGCUGAGGAGUUGAAGGCCAACUUGAUCGCUCAAGGAUCAGAUGCAGGAGUACAUGUCACUGUAGAGUUGAAGCCAUAGAUAGAUAAGGUAGGCAAAAGCCUGUCAUUGUCAAAAUUUGAAUUCGAUACCCAGC